CAGGUAGCCAAUGGUUGGCCGAGAUCCGCACUCUCUCCUCCAAUCAUUUAACGCGAAUAGUUGCCGGCGCCGGGACUUGUGGAACCCUUUUCCUGAUUACAGCAACGUGUGUUUUCUACAGCCAAAGACUUGUGGUUCAGUUUGUGUGCAAUGGGUCGCCGCAAGUCCAAAAGAAAGCCUCCUCCUAAAAAGAAGAUGACAGGGGAUCUGGAAAGUCAGUUCACCUGUCCGUUCUGCAACCACGAGAAGUCAUGUGAUGUGAAAAUGGAGAGAAGCAGAAAUACUGGGAUAAUAUCAUGCACAGUCUGCUUGGAGGAGUUCCAGACCCCCAUUACCUAUCUGUCUGAGCCAGUUGAUGUGUACAGUGAUUGGAUAGAUGCCUGUGAAGCAGCCAAUCAGUAGCUCUCGUGGAGUUGGAUGCCUCUUGGGAACAGGAUGAGCAUGUGGCUGGUGGGUCUGGGCCCAUUAGGAUCAAACUGGGACUAACACAUAUAGUAUUCACAGGUUUCUGUAUGAUCACUUGAAAUUUACAGCAGUCUCACUCACAGUAUGAGGUCUUUAACCCCUGUAUUGUUCAUGUUUAGUUUUCCCAUUUCUUGGUAAAGUUUCAGCCACAACUGUAGUCUUUACUCUUGAGAUUUAUUACAUUAUUUGUUAUUUGCAGUGCACCCUGAUUUAUACUCACACAUUGAGCAGGGCCUUUCUGUUUUCAAUAUAUUUUUUUCUGUUUGUGAUUAUUUAGGAUGGGUCUUAAAGACCCUUUUAGAUGCAGUGAAGACAAGCCUUUAAAUAAUAGUUGAUGUUGCAGAUUGUAGGGGGGAAAAUGUGUCCUGCUUUUCAUUUUGUUUUUAACUGGUAGAUUUUGUUCGCUGAGCAAAUGUAAUUUUGUAUGCAGGAGACCUUUAGUGUAAGAGAGUGGUCUCUGAUCUUGGCAUUUUAAUGUGAAAUCAAUACAAAGUAAAAUCAUUUUAGCAUGAGGAGAAGGAGGCAAGUGAAUGUGUAAAUCUUGACAGAAACAGUUUGAAAACAAACAAACACAUCAAGUUACAGACAUUCUCCAUCAUACACUGUCUGACAUUAGCAAUAGGAUGUAGUUAGAGAGGAAAAUUUCCAGGUCGUCUUUACAAAAUCUAGGUGGGGAUGAACUUCUUAGUUUUAAUCUGAAUACAGUUGAAGCUGACAGCAACACUGUGGGAUGAUGCCACACUCACUCAGCAGUUUUCACCAUCUCGCCUGAUCACAGUAUAGUUGAUCUAUAUAUUUUCUUUUUGUGUUUUCAGUGUUUAUAGAACUGUAUAAUUCCUGAUGUUACAGGUUUCUGUUUAUAGACAUUACUAUCCACAGGUCUCCUCAUCCUCCUAAAGACAGUUAAUGUUACAGCAUUAGGUCAUUCCACUGGACAGAGGAACGAAAACGUGACGAAACGAAAAGAUUUAUGCUUAGCUGCUAAAUUAAUACAUUUUGAAUUGUUCUUAAUCCAUUCAGUUUUUCAGGUGAUUCUAUCUUUUAGCUUACAUGUUACAUGUUUGAAAAGAAAAAGUACAAAUGAUCUUUGUUAUUAAGUGCAUGUGUACAAAAUACUGUAAUAUUAUCCUGAAAUUAAGCUGUAAUAUUGAGUGUUUAUUUUCCUAUGCAAUGGCUGGAAAGAUGAAAGCUGUUUUUAAAUGUAAUGAAUUUGAAAAGCAUGAUCUUGAAAAUAAAGGAGCAAUAAGACUUGA